AUGGGUGUCAAAUCCGCAAUAAAAGCCCUUGACGCCUUUCCUCGUGCAGAAGACCACUUGAUGCAGAAAACACAAACAGGCGCCUUCGUCUCCAUAAUUGGAUUGGUCAUCAUGGCCACAUUGUUCUUGCAUGAGCUGAGAUAUUAUCUUACUACAUAUACAGUCCAUCAGAUGGCUGUUGACUUGAAACGUGGAGAAACUCUUCCAAUCCACAUAAAUAUGACAUUUCCAUCUUUACCCUGUGAUGUUUUAAGUGUGGAUGCUAUUGAUAUGUCAGGCAAGCAUGAAGUGGAUCUUGAUACAAACAUAUGGAAACUUCGCUUGAAUAGUGAGGGCUAUAUUAUCGGUACUGAAUACUUGUCUGACCUUGUGGAGAAGGAACAUAGAUUUGAUAAGAAUGAUGACCACAAAGAUCAUCACGAGGAUUCAGAUAAGAAAAUUCAUCUGCACGGUUUUGAUCAAGAUGCUGAAAAUAUGAUCAAGAAGGUAAAGCAAGCAUUGGCUAAUGGAGAAGGGUGUCGGGUUUAUGGGGUUCUAGAUGUCCAAAGGGUGGCUGGGAACUUCCAUUUAUCUGUUCAUGGGUUAAACAUUUUUGUCGCGCAAAUGAUUUUUGAAGGGGCUACUCAUGUCAACGUAAGUCACAUUAUUCAUGAUUUAUCGUUUGGGCCAAAAUAUCCAGGACUUCACAAUCCACUUGAUGGGACAGUGCGAAUUCUGCACGGAGCAAGUGGAACAUUUAAAUAUUACAUAAAGAUUGUUCCAACUGAAUAUAAAUAUAUAUCAAAGGAAGUUUUACCAACUAAUCAAUUCUCUGUCACGGAAUAUUUUUCCCCAAUGAACGAGUUCGAUAGGACAUGGCCAGCUGUCUACAUUUUGUAUGAUUUGUCUCCGAUCACUGUGACCAUCAGAGAAGAACGUCGCAGUUUUCUUCACUUCAUCACUCGGCUUUGUGCGGUAUUGGGGGGUACAUUUGCUUUAACAGGAAUGCUAGACAGAUGGAUGUACAGAUUUCUUGAGGCGCUGAUGAAGCCAAACACUAGAAGUGGAUUCCGGUAA